GUGUAGGUGAUCAAAACCAGACGAAGACUGACGGAUGAAAAGCAAAACCAUCCAGCAUCUGCUAUGAAAUAAAUAUAAUCACUAAUAUUCUACCAUAUGAACCAUUAAAGAUGUCCCAGUAUGAUACAGAAAAGUUUUGUCAGCCACCUGAUCCAGAUUUAAUAUGUUGUAUAUGUCAGUGUGUCCUUCAGUCUCCUGUGGAGAGCCCCUGUCGUCAUGUCUUCUGUAAUGUAUGUAUAACAACGUGGCUGAACAAUCAUCGUAACUGUCCAACCUGUCGUAGGAGAGUCAAGAAAAGACAACUCAAACCAGUCCUUCCAAUAGUGCAAAACAUGAUAAAUCGUUUGUUAAUGUUCUGUGAUUUUAAAGAUAAUGGUUGUGCAGAAACAGUUAUGUUAGAAAUUUAUAUUAACCAUGUUGAGGGGUGCGGAUACAGGAAACUGAAGUGUCGAUUUAAUCGCUGUGAUAAAAUGAUACUUAAAAAAGACAAAGACCAACACGAAAACCAAGUCUGUGAAUUCAGGGAGAAGUUAUGUCUUGGUCGUUGUGGACUAAUGAUUCCUGUAUGUGUGUAUGAUACACAUGAUUGCUAUGAAGAAUUACAAAAGUUCAAUAGAGAAAAGAGUGAAUUAGUAGACAAACUUCAGGAAAAAGUUAAAGAACUAAAUGCUUUGACACAAAAACUACAGAAAGAGGUAGAUAGAUUAAAGCAACAGUUAGCUCGCAACCGAUGGAAUCUUCCAGAUGCUUGGGGAACCAGUUGGGAUCCCUCUGAUAGUGAUUACAAUGAUUCAAUGUAUAAUUACCUGUCAGGAAGUUCUUACAGUGACGAUCAAGAUAGUCAUUUCUCCCAGCCUGAUUUAGUACUGACAGCAACUAGUCAUCCUACUGCUACAAAUACUACUACUACAACAACAACAUCAUCAAGUGCUGACAAUGGAGGGUUCAGAGAAUACGUUAUUUAUCCUAGUCGUAGACCAACAACACCUGUCAUUCAUGCUCCAUGGCCCCGUUAUGAAACAAGAUCAUCAAGAUAUGUGUAUGAUAUACGCUCACCAAGCCCUAACCGUAACGCUACAGAUGCUAAUUUAGGUACCGAUCAAGCAUUAGAUUUGAGUCACCAUACACACCAAGAACAUUUACCAGUGGGAGAGGGAAUAUUCCAUCGCUUAUCUGCUGGAAUUUCAGACACUGCUCCAAGUACAAAUAUAAAUUUAAACAAUAUCAUGGAAUACAUUCCAACUCCAAUCAACAAUAACCAUAGUAACACAGGAAGUAGCUCUGCAACAGAUAGUAGUACUAGCUUAAAUCUUAAUGAGGGGGAUCAUGAAAGCCAAAACGAAAGUCACAAUAAUGACGAUUUAAGUCACCAUAGUGAUCACACUGUAUACAGUCUCUCUGACAGUGAUUCAGAUCAUACACCAACUCGCUGGUGGAGAUCAAGUCGAUCAAGUAUGUCACAUCAUUCUGAUCAUCAGUCAGAUAUACAGAGGUCUAGCAGGUCUCGUUCACAUUCAUUUGACUCAAAUAGAUCUGGAUCACGUGGUUCGCACAGAAGUAGAUCAUUGUCUUAUGACUCAGAUGAAAGCCGGUUUUGGUCACGCUAUCAUUCACACAUGAAUAGAUCCCGAUCUAUCCUGUCAGAAAGAAGUGGAUCAUAUGACUUUCACAGAAGAUCAAGGUCUUACAAUUAUUCAAGAAGUAGGUCAAGAUCAUUUGAUUCACAUAGAAGUAGAUCAAGAUCAUAUGAUAAUUUACGGAGACCACAUGUAAGAAGGAGGUGGGCAUCUUCAAGAUCUUCACAGUCAGGUGAACAUUACAGAACUUGGUCAAGAAGUAGGUCAAUGUCAAUAGACAGACUUUCAAGAAGUAGAUCAAUGUCAAUAGACAUACUAUCAAGAAGUAGGUCAAGAUCAAUAGACAGACUAUCAAGAAGUAGAUCAAGAUCAAGAAGUAGGUCAAGGUCAAUAGAGAGAUUAUCAAGAAGUAGGUCAAGGUCAUUAGAUCAUGUAAGGAGUAUAUCACAUUCUGAUGAAUCACUCUCAAGUAGUUCUACAUUGCGUUCAUAUAUGAGUAGAUCCGGUUCCAGAAGCAGCAGAUCUUGUACACCAGAUUCUGACAGGAGUGAAACACCAGUAGAUGAAACACAUGAUAGGCACAUAUCACAAUCCAAUCCAGCACAUGAAAAUGACAAUGAAAAUCUAAACCAAUCAAAUGAAAAUGAAACAGCUGGAAAUUCUAGACAUUUAAAUAUUACAACAGAUAUUGAUAGUACAGAGACAGAUAGUGAUGCAGGGUACAAUUUCAAGAGAAGAAGGUCGAAAAACAGUAACUGUAGUGAUAGUGGAAUAGGCACUGAAUCAUCUAAUACAGAUCUAUCUAAAAACCAAAAUUCUGAUACUAUAGACAGUAAUGUAAGUAAUGGUGCCAGUUCUGAUGAUAGGAAGCGUAAAACUAGUGUUAUUGACUGUGAUAUUGAUACAAAGAGGAUGCGUAACCAGGAUAAUAACAAUGGAGAACAAUCUGAUUCAGACACAUCAUGGGUGCCUUCAGCCAAUGACAGACAGACAGAUGACACUAUAUCAGACGAAGCCAGCAGUGGAAGCAGCUAUGAAGUAGAAGUUCCUAAAACGGUAUUAGAACUAAUUGAUGAAGUUGAUUCUGAAGGAACGGACGACACUUGGUCUCCUAAUUAGAAAGUUUUUACUAUUGGUACAAGUUUAGUUUUUAUUAUAUUGAUGAUUGAUGUACAUGUUUGUCUAAUAGGAAGGAGUAGGACAUAAGAAAUUGAAUGGGUUUCUUUUAAAUUAUUUUUGAAAAGUUCAGUUAUUUACUUUUAAAACAAUGUUUAAAAUGCACACAACUUAAGGAAAUGCAUAAAAUUAAAAAAAAAGUUUAGGCAAGAUAUUUUAAUGUUAUUAAUUUAUAAUUACAAUAUAACUUGAUCUUGUUUGCCCUUGUGACAAUAUGUCCAUCCUAAUUAUUUUAUUGGGAAAUUGUGGUCACCUAAGAAAUAAUCAGACUUGAGAAGCUUUCUUUUUUAAGGAUUUCAUAACCUUUUUGUGUGGGAUGUUCAUACUUUUUCAUCUUAUUGCCCCUACUCCUUACUUCUACUGUUUUAGAAACCUAAUUAAUUUUGACUUUUUCAUGGUAUAAAUCUACUUUUGUUUUUGUAGAGAUAUUCUAAAUGUAUGUAUGAUGGAUGUAUCCAACAUUUAUCACCACAUGACUAGAUUGUGAUAUGUAAAGAAGUUCAAAGGGGUAAUUUCUUUUGGAUACGUUUCAAUUGGCCUGAGAACACAGUUAUUUCGUAGUGCAUUUCUUUUAGACAAUACAUUCAAAUAAAAAAAAAAUCCCGCCUGCACUUUCUCAAAAAGAUUUUGACAGUGUAGUGUAAUACCAGUGAGACAAAUAAUAUCAAAAUUAUAGAAACUUCUACCAGCUCUUACUCAAAAUAUUGACAAUUCUGUGUUAAGGGGGUGUAAAAUUCAGUUUGACAGCUUCAGACGUGAUAAAAUUUGACCUUUUUGAACUGGA